GACAGGGACUAGUUGUACCAGGCCAGGUGCAGAAGAGUUUGUAGGAUAUUCAAUCUUUUCUCUAUCAAUCUUUUAGGGCGGCUGGCUCCAUUCUGGGUCUCCCAUGUCCCCGGGUUCGUUUUUGAAGCAUCAUCCCUGCCAGUACGCGCUACGCCGCAUUUUGCCAUUGGAGUCGAGGAUUUCCAGCCCACCGGCGAAUCAUUUAUGAAAGCGAGGAUGUCUUCUGAGGGCGGUAGUCCUGCGUCCCCGGCCGUGGGAUCUUCUGACGGAACCGCGUUUUCUCCAUCCCCUUCGUUUUCCUCAGACAAAGAGAAUCGAACAUCGGCUAGGCGAUUGGAUAAAAGGAAACCCGGCCAUCUAACAUCUGAGUCGACACAGCACUCCCAAGCAAUGGCGGACGCGUCAAAUAAAAGGCGAAGGCUAUCGGAGAAAGGAGGACCGGAUCGCCAAAGCCAGGCGGCACCCCGACGACAGCCACGGCAUAUCCAGGAUACCGAUCUAUAUGACCCCGAUCAGGAUCCAGAGGAACGUAGGAAGAUCAGAAAGGGAUUUAGAGACCUCGUGACAAAUCUAAAUGAUUCUCGCGCGGAAUACCUCCAACCCGGUUCCGAUGGUAUACGUACCACGUUGGAUAAAGCAAACGAGCUAUACAAAUCGGUGAAGCAAACCUCUGACGCAACGAUAGAUUCUCGACUUCUCGUAUCGGCGGCAGAUUUAUCAUAUAGACGCACUGCGAAGGCGGUUUUAGGCGAUGGCGAGACUGGUAUUGACGUGGACGAAUUUGUUUCCAAAUGUAUUUCAUUUAUGCGACAAGGCCCUAGAGGGGAGGGGUAUUCCCUUUCAAGCACCCAGAGACGGCGCCGUCGUAUUACGGGCAACGAUCCUAAUGAGGAAGAUAGUGAUGAAGAAGGGGAUCCCCUUAAUUGGGACUGGCUUGGCCGGAAAGCUUGUGUCCCCAAUAACCUACGUCCGUCUCUUUCUGGAUUUCUACUCGGUCCGCUCUCGGUACAGAAGCGUUUCCGGCAACAAAGUCAGAGAAGGGCUAGACAGGCGCGGUUGGAUCCUUCUCAGAAUGUCCAACCCCAGGAUGUUAAAGAAACCGAUACAGACAAACAGGAGGUCUCGAACUUGACUGCCAUGUGCACUGAUAUUAGAGAGAUUCUGGUAAAAACUCAGACGCACAGUGAGACCCUCGUCAACGAAGAACUUUGCCGAAUGGGCUCUGAUGUGUCGGAGGAUGUGAUCAAGGAGGUGAUGAGUAAACAUGCCAUUUCAGACGAUGGCGGUGUACCAUUAUUCCGGUUCUGCAUAAAUCCAAAGUCCUUCGGUCAGACGGUUGAGAACCUCUUCUAUAUCAGUUUUUUGGUGCGCGACGGCAGUGUGGGUAUAUCAUUGGAUAGCAACCAACUCCCUACUCUACUCCCGUCUCAACCUGCUGCACCAUCAGAAGCGCAGGCUAAAAAAAUGAGAAAACACCAAACAGUUUUCAGCCUUGACUUUGAGACAUGGGAAAAUCUAAUUGAAGUAUUUGAUAUUAGAGAGCCCUUGAUUCCGCACCGAAAUGACGAGGCAACGGACGGGCAAAUAAAGAAGUAGCCACUACACUACUACCUGGCACGGCUAAGAGCGUGUAAUGCCAAUUCGCGCCGCAUCAUUUACCUGUCUCUGUUUUUAUUGAGGUCAUCGGACCCUUUUGAUUCUUUACUUUUUUUGGCCUUACUUCUGCACUUGAUUCUCUUUCUAUACUUCCUGCUUUCCUUUUUAUUAGUUUUUGGUGCCUUAUUUCUAGCCGCCUGCUUUUUAUGCCCUUGUUUGCCUGUAUGAUAGAUUUUUUGACCUGGUUCAUAUUAUCGGAUUUUAAUUU